AUGGAAUACGACAAGAGUUUUACAAAAGUAAGCAGACGCAGCUCCGAGUUUCCCGCGCAGGGAAACAGACGACAGAUUCCCGCAAGCGUUACCGAGUGUGAGGAAGGCGAUACGCUGAACCAGGUAGCACGAAUAUCAUCGAUAAGCGCUUUGGUCACGUCGAUAGGCCAGUGUCACGUAACUGCUCCCGUUGAACUACUCGUAGUUUCUCGAGGCACUUAUUGCCCGCCAUACACCAGGGAAGGGCUGAUCGAACCAAUCCGGAGUCGGAGUCAUUUGGAGAAAGACCCUGGAAGAAGAAAAAAAAAAAAGGCUGCAAAUUACACGUUCGUCGUCGUCGCACCAGGUUUGGGUCGGGGCUGUCCCGUUAAAGUUUGCCACAGCGGCGUCGCUAGACCCUCGCCACAGGUACUCCAAGGCAUCCUCCGCUCACCUUCUAGCUCUGCAUCCUUCCACAGAGCAACACCGACACGGACAGCAUCAAGAACCUCAGGUGACAAGAAGGAGCAGUUGCUUGGAAGACCGACAGACUGAAGCUCAAGCGAACCUCAUCCAUGCAUCCACCUUAUAUGUAGUCGUCUCCCUUUGUCAUCUAGUACGCCUCCACCAACCCGUCUAUCCCAUGGAAAUAC